CUAUAGAUAUUUAAGCGGAGUUUGGGACUUAAUUGUCACAAAAAUAAAAUGUUACAAUGUUAUACAUUUAAUAAAUGUUAUUUUAAAAUGUUGCAAUUCCACCUGCAAGACACGACGUGGGGUGUAGCUAAGUUUUAAAGCCAGACAGGCAGCUGCGCACGUGCUAGGUAAGUGGCACCCUCCAGACAGGUCUCGCGACACGUGCCACUCCGUAAUGAUACUAUAAAAACAAACAAAACCACGUGCGCGACUCGGUGACCUUUAAAAGACCCCGGGCAAGCAAGACCCGCCGAGGGUCACCGCCAAGUUACCCCAGCCAAGCUCAAUGAGACAGCUGUGCGAUGCUCCAGACAGGACUCACACUCCAUGUCUGGAUUAUUAAAAUGGAUACAUUAUGAUGUCCCUAUAUAUACUCGCCUGGAGUCAUGGUGUUACAGACCUGAUUUCUUGACUUCAUCAUGAACACCAUGCAGUCCAACCGUGAUGCUGAGAAGACCGCCAUCCCUUCACCUGACGGGUGCUUCCUAAUGUGGCACGAUUAUAUGGAUCUGCACAAAACGCUGUCGGAUCUGUUCAACCGAAAGGACACCGGGCAGACCUGCGCAGAUGAUGAAGGCUUGAAAAACCUCCGUCCCCGGAGGCUGGACAGCGGCUCUGUCGGUAACAUCAGCAGCAGCGCCAGCAGCAGCAGCGCAUCCUCGUACCGUGAUCAGCGCGACAAAUGCGGCUUUUGCAAACACAACGGCGAGGCUGUGGAGGUCUACACGAGCCACAGACUUAAAUCCAAAGACGGAAAGAUCGUAUGCCCGGUUUUAAGAACCUACGUGUGUCCGGUCUGCUCAGCCACCGGUGAUUGGGCGCACACGCGCCAGCAUUGCCCUUUCAGAAGCGCAUCUCUUCAUCCUCAUAUUAAUGGACUCUAAUGUACUCACAGGUUAAAAAUCUAAGUUUGUGUUAGUAUGUUUGUUUGUAUACUAUGUUGGAUUUGUUGCAUACAUGUGUAUACAUAUUGUUCUCAUUGUUGAAAAGUUCAAAGUGUUCUUGUAAAAAUAAAUAUAUUUUUCUAUUGCA